GGCGUCUCAUUGGCUGCGGCGCCUCCGGUCGGUUCAAGAAGGUUCUCCGCGGACUCGUUUAUAAGCAAGCUGCGCCACCGCUGCGCCCAGACGGCGAGCCUGGUUCCGAGCGGGGUCAGCGGAGUCCGAGCGGGGGGUCAGCGGAGUCUCGACGUCACUUCACAGGCUGUGGACCGCCGGAGUCCGACACGGAAGCAAUCAUGUCAAAGGGACCAGCUGUUGGCAUCGACCUGGGUACCACCUACUCCUGUGUAGGGGUCUUUCAGCAUGGAAAGGUGGAGAUCAUUGCCAAUGACCAGGGUAACAGAACCACACCCAGCUAUGUUGCAUUUACAGACACUGAGAGGCUGAUUGGGGAUGCCGCUAAGAAUCAGGUGGCCAUGAAUCCCACCAACACAGUUUUUGAUGCAAAACGUCUGAUUGGCCGACGGUUCGAUGAUGCCGUUGUGCAGGCAGACAUGAAGCACUGGCCAUUCACUGUCAUCAGUGACUCAUCUCGCCCCAAAGUACAAGUGGAAUACAAAGGAGAGACCAAGACCUUCUACCCAGAGGAGAUUUCCUCCAUGGUGCUGGUCAAGAUGAAGGAGAUUUCUGAGGCCUACCUUGGCAAGUCUGUCACCAAUGCUGUUGUGACUGUGCCAGCCUACUUCAAUGACUCUCAGCGUCAGGCCACUAAAGACGCAGGGACCAUCUCUGGGCUUAAUGUCCUCCGGAUCAUCAAUGAGCCAACAGCAGCUGCCAUUGCAUAUGGCCUGGACAAAAAGGUCGGUUCUGAAAGAAAUGUUCUCAUCUUUGAUCUGGGUGGGGGUACGUUCGAUGUCUCCAUCCUCACGAUUGAAGAUGGAAUCUUCGAGGUGAAGUCCACAGCGGGAGAUACCCACUUGGGAGGAGAGGACUUUGACAACCGCAUGGUCAACCACUUCAUUACAGAGUUCAAGCGCAAGUACAAGAAGGACAUCAACGACAACAAGCGGGCCGUCCGUCGUCUGCGCACAGCUUGCGAGAGGGCCAAGCGCACCUUGUCCUCCAGCACCCAGGCCAGCAUUGAGAUUGACUCCCUGUAUGAAGGCGUUGAUUUCUACACCUCUAUUACAAGGGCCCGCUUUGAAGAGCUGAAUGCAGACCUGUUUCGUGGAACUCUGGACCCUGUGGAGAAGUCUCUCCGUGAUGCAAAGUUGGACAAGGGUCAGAUCCACGACAUCGUCCUGGUGGGAGGCUCCACACGAAUCCCAAAGAUUCAGAAGCUGCUGCAGGACUUCUUCAAUGGGAAAGAGCUUAACAAGAGCAUUAACCCUGAUGAAGCUGUAGCCUACGGUGCAGCUGUUCAGGCAGCCAUCUUGUCAGGUGACAAGUCUGAGAACGUGCAGGAUCUGCUACUGUUGGAUGUCACGCCCUUGUCCUUGGGCAUUGAAACUGCUGGAGGAGUCAUGACUGUCCUGAUCAAGAGGAACACCACCAUCCCCACCAAGCAGACCCAAACCUUCACCACUUAUUCAGACAACCAGCCUGGUGUACUCAUUCAGGUGUUUGAAGGUGAAAGAGCUAUGACCAAAGACAACAACCUCCUGGGAAAGUUUGAGCUUACCGGAAUCCCCCCUGCCCCCCGAGGUGUUCCUCAGAUCGAGGUGACCUUUGACAUUGAUGCUAAUGGAAUCAUGAAUGUGUCUGCUGUCGACAAGAGCACUGGCAAAGAGAACAAGAUAACAAUCACUAAUGACAAAGGUCGUUUGAGCAAGGAGGACAUUGAGCGCAUGGUCCAGGAAGCUGAGAGAUACAAGGCGGAGGACGAUGUACAGAGAGAAAAGGUGUCUGCCAAGAACGGGCUGGAGUCUUAUGCCUUCAAUAUGAAGUCCACAGUGGAGGAUGAGAAGCUGAAGGGCAAGAUUAGUGAUGAGGAUAAACGGAAGAUCCUGGACAAGUGUAAUGAGGUCGUUAGCUGGCUGGAUAAAAACCAGUUUGCAGAGAAGGAUGAGUUUGAGCACCAGCAGAAGGAAUUGGAGAAGGUGUGUAACCCGAUCAUUACCAAGCUGUACCAGGGUGCUGGUGGCAUGCCGGAGGGCAUGCCAGGCUUCCCGGGGGCUGGUGGUGCCCCAGGAGGUAGAGGAGAGUCCUCCGGCCCCACCAUCGAGGAGGUUGACUAAACAUUCCGGCUCUCUGUUCACUUAAACCAGUUAAUGAUUUCACAACAAUACAACCUUGAGUUUUUCACGUGAUCUGUUCGACAUUCUUUGCCAUUGUUUCUUGGACAUAACAUACCAUAGGACUGUCUUUUCUCGUUGUGUGUUUCACUCUGUAUGGUGUUUCGUUUUACCAGUUAAUGUGAUUAAUCAUUCAAACCCCAAUAAAUCUCUUCGAGUUCGUUUUA